AGGGAGGUUUUGUUAAAAUUGAGGACUAUGUUGGAUUACAGGUUUUGGAUGCAUGACAAAUGUUUUUAUCCUCAACAAGAUUUCCUAAAAUUCAUUACAUAUUAAAGAUAAUGAUACAGGAACCAAAAGUUUCAGAUUGGAUCUCUUCUUAGUAAGAGGAAUAAAUCUCAGGUACUUAUUUAACACUUAUUGACAGUUGAAACCCACCAUAAACAUUAUUAACUCACCGUGUCAAGAUAUUCUGUUAAAAUACACAUUAAAAAAGAUUUUGACAAAUGCAGUUAGAUUAUGCAAUCUGUUUACCACUUGUAAACAGUGAGACUUGGAAUGAGUUUGCUUUGGCAUGGUGGUAGACAUGCAUGGGAGUCAGGCAACGCUUCUGUGCUCUAGUAAUGCUGAGACUGCUCAAAUCUGAGCUGCAUUGAGAACAGGUUUAGAGAGCUUAAAUGCUUCUGCUGAGGCAGGCCAUCCCACCAGCUACUUUUUGCAGCUCUGCUCACCUUUGUAUCCCCCCUGCAAUAAUGGCACGAGAGCACUGGUGCUCAUUGUUCUCCAGCCAAUGGGAAUGAUCCAAAAGACUUUAGCUAUGUGUAUGCAUAUGUGCAUGGAUAGUACACAUGUGGCAUGAAUGUCUUUUGCCUCAAGCCCUGGUCUCCAUUCCAUCACCAAGUGAGGUGGGCGUCAUUUAGCAGGACAGCCAAUCAGAGUUCAGCGUUUUGGAUUUAUGCCAGGUAUUUUAGGUGUCCCGUGCCUAAAUGUUGUUGGCCAAAGGCUAUUUCUACAACACCAAAUAAACAUCUUCGUGAGACAAGAUGCCCUACACACCAUCAGGGUUUAUUUGUGACCGGCUAAUCCGGGAAAGAGAGAGAAAGGAUGGAGAAGGAUCUGUGAACAAACCUCUUCGGUUCAGUGGCCAGGAUUUUAACACCCUGAAACAGGAUUGUCUUCAGAAAAAGGUGCUAUUUGAAGAUGAUACAUUCCCAGCCACUGUGGACUCUCUGGGGUACAAGGAACUUGGCCACAAGUCCAGCAAAGUCAAGAACAUUGUCUGGAAAAGACCCAAGGAUAUUUGUGAUAAUCCACAGUUCAUUGUUGGAGGUGCCAGCAGAACAGACAUCUGUCAGGGAGACUUAGGAGACUGCUGGCUGCUCGCUGCCAUUGCUUGUCUUACACUGAACGAUAAGCUACUGUAUCGGGUUGUUCCUCAAGAGCAGAGUUUUUCUGACAAUUAUGCGGGAAUCUUUCAUUUCCAGUUCUGGCGUUACGGUGACUGGGUGGAUGUUGUUGUUGAUGAUCGGAUCCCUACCAUCAAUAACGAGCUAGUGUUCACCAAGUCUGCUGAGAGGAAUGAGUUCUGGAGCGUUCUUCUUGAGAAAGCAUAUGCCAAACUGCACGGUUCCUACGAGGCUCUGAAAGGUGGAAAUACUGCCGAGGGGAUGGAAGACUUCACUGGAGGAGUGACUGAGUUCUAUGAAAUGAAGGAGGCACCUAAAGAACUUUACAAGAUCAUGAAGAAAGCCUUAGACCGAGGCUCCCUCAUGGGUUGCUCUAUUGACGCUUUGGUCCCAGCACGUCUGGAGACUCGCACAGUGACUGGGCUAGUGAAAGGUCAUGCCUACUCUGUAACUGCUGUGGGUGAGUGUAAACAGAGUGUAAAAAAAAAAUCUAAAGUGCAUCUGGUGCGUCUUCGUAAUCCAUGGGGCCAAGUGGAGUGGAACGGACCUUGGAGUGAUAACUCAAAUGAGUGGGAAAGCAUCUCUAAGGAAGAUAAAGAAAAACUGCAUCUACAGAAUGCAGAAGAUGGAGAGUUCUGGAUGUCUUUUGAUGAUUUCAUGAAAAACUACACCAAGAUAGAAAUCUGUAAUAUGACUCCUGAUGCACUGGAUGAUGAUAAGCUGCACAAGUGGACAGUGUCUGUGAAUGAGGGUCGCUGGGUAAGAGGCUGCUCUGCUGGAGGCUGCAGGAAUUAUUUGGACACCUUCUGGACAAACCCACAGUACCGCCUUCGUCUUCUGGAGGAGGAUGAUGACCAGGACAACAAUGAGGUGGCCUGCUCCUUUGUGGUGGCUCUCAUGCAGAAAAACAGAAGAAAAGAACGAAAACUGGGUGGCAAUUUAUUCACUAUUGGAUUUUCCAUCUAUGAGGUGCCGAAGGAGAUGCAGGGUAACAAGCAGCAUAUGCAGAAGGAAUUCUUUCUACUGAACGCAUCCAAGGCUCGCUGCAAGGCCUACAUUAACCUGAGGGAGGUGACGCAACGCUUCAGGCUGAGCCCUGGGGAGUAUGUCAUUGUGCCUUCCACCUAUGAGCCCCACCAGGAAGGCGAGUUUCUCCUCCGUGUCUUCUCUGAAAAGAAGAACGUCUCUGAGGAAAUAGAGAACAGGAUUGCAGCUGACCAUCCAGUGCCGGCUCCAGCCUCAGCAGGGGAAGAGACUGAGGAGGACCAGCAGUUACGCACCAUUUUUCAGCAGAUAGCUGGGGAUGAAAUGGAGAUCUCGGCUAACAAUCUGAGAAACGUCCUGAACAGAGUGUUGGCUGAUAGCUACAGGGACAUGAAUAAAGAGGUGUUCAGUUUAGAGAGCUGCCGUAGUAUGAUAGCCUUCAUGGACAUGGCUGGAACAGGCAGACUUAAUCUACAAGAGUUUAAACAGUUGUGGAAUAAGAUCAAAAAGUGGCAGGAAACCUUUAAGCAUUAUGAAGCUGAGCAGACUGGCUUCAUCAGCAGCUACGACAUGAGGAACGCCAUCAAUGAUGCUGGGUUCCAUCUCAACAACCCACUGUACAACAUCAUCACAAUGCGUUACGCCAAUGAGAACAUGAACAUCGACUUUGACAGCUUUGUCAGCUGUCUUGUUCGUUUGGAGGGGAUGUUCAGAGCUUUCCAGGCUUUUGAUCAGGAUGGAGAUGGCACUAUCAGCCUGUCUGUACUGGAGUGGCUCCAGUUGACUCUGUAUGCCUAAACACACUCAAGAUCCAGGUGAACUCCAAGAACAGGACCAGAACCACCAGCCUUUACCUCAAACUCAGUGUUCCUAUCAUCCGCCACUUAAUCCUUUAUAUUUUUAGCCAGUUAUUUACAGUCUAUACCUAAAUGAAUCAUUACACCAUUACACAUUCCAGAGAAUUCCAGAGAGUCAAGUACAGGUAAAAUGGCAGUCAUGUAGCGAUGGGCAAGACGUCAUUAUCUCUUCAGCUGUUUGAAAGCAGGUUUUAGACUAGGUUAGAGGUUUUGCAGUACUGAUGUCUUUUGAGUGACAAAUCCUGAGGCUCAUCUUCUAUGUAAUCAAGUGCACCAUUCAACUGUAGAACUCUUUUAAGCUAUUAACUCUUUUACAUUAUUUACAUUGUUACUGCAGCUACCUUUUGCAGAUGUUCAUACUCGUUUCAUUUUGUUCUUCUUAUCUUUCUCACACAUUUACCCACACCGGAAACCUCUUGCUUCCUGUCACAAUAGAUUACCUCAGAUUUACUUUUAAUACAUCUGUGCUGUUUUUUUUUUAUCUUUUACCAACUGGCUACAAUAACCAAAUCCAUAAACUUGAAUUAAAGAUCAGUUUACUUUUACACACACACACACACUCAUUUUGUAACAGCCACCUUUCAGGCUAGUUCUCGUUUGUUGUCGGAAGAUUCCUCUGUAUUUGUUUCCACAUGCUUGUUACCAAGAUGUUUGGUGGAAAACCAUUAAUAGCCAGAGGAAAUACCUAACAGAACCCACUAAAAUGCAGAACUCAAAUGUGUUCAGGGUUUGUUUUCACUGCAUAUGUGAAGAUUAAACUUAGGCUUCUUUUGGUGAUGAAUAUAUUUACGGUUUGGUCAGAAAAGUGUAUUUAAGGUUCUUAAUCGCUUUAAUCCAAUAAAUGACUGAAGUUCUUGGCGCAA